AAUCAAAAACUCAACAGAGUAAAUAACUCACUUAUCUCUUCGCCUUCAGUCAGUUCAUUCCGGGCGGUGAACAAGAGAGGUCGUGUUUUCAGGUUUGUUGUUCUUAUCAAUCCUCAGUAUUCUGUCCAUCGCGUUGGGUCAUAUCGCACCCAUAGUUUAGUAAUACAGCUGGUCCCAGUUAGUCCGCUGCGUAGAUCCGAAAUAGACGUGCUGAGCUCAUUACAAGAAGAAACAUUAAGAAAAAUGACAUCCCCGUCGACGGAAGUUCCGAUACUGGAGUCGUGCAUUCCACUGCCCCUGGACGAGGCCCGCCUGCUGGAGGUCGUCGAGAAGGCCAAGGACUGGGCCAUCAUGCACGGGGCGGCCAUGCGGUCCAAGGCGGAUUUUAACCCGGACGCGCUGCAGUUUGCUCCGUUCAUUCUGACGCCCAGCUCUUUCCCACGCAAGGAGUUUGAAAAGGCUGUGGCGCUGCAAACCACGCUAAACGAGCUGAUGCAUUCGGUCGCCCAUGAUGAGGAGUUCCUGCGGGAUACGCUUAAGUAUACAAUCAAGGUGGACGCCUUCACCGGAAGUCUGUUUGAAAUUUACGAAACCGUACUCAAGGAAGGAAUCUCCCAGCCGAUUUCGCUGGGCCUUUUACGAUCCGAUUUGAUGCUGGAGACCAAAUGCGAGAACUCGUGUCAAGUGCAGUGCAGUCGUGCCAAGCCGUACUGCUGCUGGAAGCAGGUGGAAAUCAAUUGCAUUGCUUCCGGCUUCGGCCAUCUGGGUCCCGCGAGCAGGGUGGUCCAAAGUUACGUAUUUUUUGGCGUAUAAUUCACCAAUUUAACAGCAUGUUAGCUUUUUCCACCCCAAAAGUACUGUGUAUAGUUUGUUUUCCAAAUUUUGUUCAAACAAUAAAUGUGCAUGUUUUGUAGUCCUCGUUGUCGGUUCAGUUUACAUUACGAUUGGAUACUUUCACCAAAGUAGCUAACACACACCGUUAAUACAUUUUUAUUUUUUUAUUUAACGUUGAUUACUACAUUGCUACACGAAUUUCUUUUAUCUCAUGUUUUAUUUGACCAGAAUAAGUUUUUCACAAGCUUACUUUUUUAUUUAUGGGUUUUGUACUAUGAAAAAUAAUCACUUUUCAAUUAAACACCGAUUAAAAAAACAUCUACGCAGGCUCACCUCGCGGGGAAGCAUGAACUUUGGAGUCUCAAGAAACACGUGUGCUUUGAAUUUUUCAAAAAUAUUUAGACAGGGCCGAAUGGUUUUCCUACAAAAUGUGUACGAAGAAUUAGUGUUGUUCGGUUCUCCUACAUAUUGCAUGCAAUUUUAAUUGUAUGCAAGAGUGACGAACCACCCUAAUUCACCAUAAAAACCAUUCGGCCCUGUCUAAACAUUUGUUUUUUAAUUCAAAGUAGGGUCACCGACACCGACUUAACACUCGCUGAUAAAAUGUUGUCUAUCAUUGAAGUACCCCCCGGGUAAGUCCGGUGAGGUGUGCUGUCAUAUUUGACAUAUUGUUUAAGUUUCUUUCAAACUGGCACCACUGUUCGAACAGCUGAUUUUGAAGUCGAGAAAUGUCAGUGAAAUUUUAUUUGUUUGGUGUGUUUUGGUCGCUAUGAGUUUUAUUUUUACAAAUACUUUAUGUUUUUGGACUGUCUGGUUAUUUUGACUAUUUAAGCAAGAAAACUCGAUUUUUUUGUGCGAGAAUAAAAACAUUUGUGAUAUUAAUAUCAGCGCUUGAUUCCUUCCAGCCCAACAUAUAAACAGGUUAAAUCAAAGUGAUUUUUAAGAAAGGUGAAUGAUUUUUCUUCUAAAGAUAUUCUGAUUGGACACGAUCAAUGACUCCGAGCUCAUCAAAAACCGUUGUCUGAGUGUAAGCAGAUUAGGAGAUGAAGGUUCUGAUCAAGAAUUCAAUUGUUUCACGUGCAUAGUCCUGUAGCAUCUGUGUGUAAUUUUUGUUCUUCAAUUCAUUUAUUGAACGUUUAAAAACAAUUGUCCAAUCAGCUUAAAUAAAUGGUUUAAUUUUAAAUCUAAUAAAAAUAUAACGCAAAUUAC